GGUGCGCUGAGCUCGGCGGGCUGGCUGUGGGGGCGGGGCUAGCCUGGAGGCCGCACCCUGAAACUACCUGCGCCGGGAGGAAGAAUGAUACCCAGAGCCACCGCCGCCGGCCGGGCGCGCUGGGCCAGCCCCGGAACUCGGCCCGCACCGCACCUUGCGCCCCGCGUUCCCGGUGUCCCCCGCGUCCCGCGAGCCAUGGGAGCAGGCUGCCCGCAGGGAGCACGAUUCUGAGACCUCGACCGUGCGGCCGAGACCAUGAGGAGCGAUCGGGGCCGCAAGGCCGGAGGGGGCUCGAAGGACUUCGGCGCGGGACUCAAGUACAGUUCUCGGAGAGAGAACAUGAAUGGCUUUGAGGAGGGUGUGGAGUUCCUGCCUGUGAACAACGCCAAGAAAGUGGAAAAGCGAGGCCCCAGGCGCUGGGUGAUUCUGGUGGCCGUGCUGGUCAGCUUCCUCUUGCUCUCACUCAUGGCUGGCUUGCUGGUGUGGCACUUCCAGUCAGACCGGAAUGUGCGGGUCCAGAAGGUCUUCAAUGGCUACCUGAGGGUCACAAAUGAGAACUUUCUGGAUGCCUAUGAGAAUUCGAAUUCCUCGGAGUUUAAAAGCUUGGCCAACAAGGUGAAGGAAGCGCUGAUGGUGAUGUACAGUGAAAUCCCUGUCCUGGGCCCCUACCACAAGAGGUCAGCUGUAACUGCCUUCAGUGAGGGCAGUGUCAUUGCCUACUACUGGUCAGAGUUCAGCAUCCCCCAGCACCUGACAGAAGAGGUGGAGCGGGCCAUGGCUGUGGAGCGAGUGGUCACAUUGCCACCCAGAGCACGGUCACUAAAAUCCUUCGUGCUGACCUCUGUGGUGGCCUUCCCCACUGACCCCAGAAUGCUGCAGAGGACUCAGGACAACAGCUGCAGCUUUGCCCUGCAUGCCCGUGGUGGGGAGCUGACACGCUUUGCCACCCCUGGCUUUCCUGACAGCCCCUACCCAGCUCAUGCACGCUGCCAGUGGGUCUUGCGGGGCGAUGCUGACUCCGUGCUGAGCCUCACCUUCCGAAGCUUUGAUGUCGCCCCCUGUGAUGAACAGGGCAGUGACCUGGUCACAGUGUAUGACACUCUGAGCCCCAUGGAGCCCCAUGCUGUGGUGCGGCUGUGUGGCACCUACGCUCCCUCCUACAACCUGACCUUCCUCUCCUCCCAGAACGUCCUCCUUGUUACACUGAUAACCAACACUGACCGGCGACACCCUGGCUUUGAAGCAACCUUCUUCCAGCUGCCCAAGAUGAGCAGCUGUGGAGGCUCCUUGAGUGAAGCCCAAGGGAUGUUUAGCAGCCCCUUCUUCCCAGGCCACUACCCACCCAACAUUAACUGCACGUGGAAUAUCAAGGUGCCCAACAACCGGAAUGUGAAGGUGCGUUUCAACUUCUUCUACCUUGUGGAUCCUAACCUACCACUAGGUGCCUGCCCUAAGGACUAUGUAGAGAUCAACGGGGAGAAGUACUGUGGAGAAAAGCCCCAGUUUGUUGUCAGCAGUAAUAGCAGCAAGAUCACAGUCCGCUUCCAUUCUGAUCAGUCUUACACGGACACUGGGUUCCUAGCUGAGUACCUCUCCUACGACUCCAAUGACCCAUGCCCAGGGAUGUUCAUGUGUAACACUGGACGGUGCAUCCGCAAGGACCUGCGCUGUGAUGGCUGGGCAGACUGCACGGACCACAGCGAUGAGAUCUAUUGCCGAUGCAAUGCCACCAACCAGUUCAUGUGCAAGAACAAGUUCUGCAAGCCCCUUUUCUGGGUCUGUGACACUGUGAAUGACUGUGGAGACAACAGCGAUGAGGAGGGGUGCAGUUGUUUGGCUGGGAAUUUCAAGUGUUCCAAUGGGAAGUGCCUCCCUCAGAGCCAGCAGUGUGAUGGGAAGGACAACUGUGGGGAUGGUUCCGAUGAGGCCUCCUGUGAGAGUGUGAAUGUUGUUUCUUGUACCAAACAUACCUAUCGCUGCCACAACGGGCUCUGUUUGAGCAAGGGCAACCCUGAAUGUGACGGGGAGAAGGACUGUAGUGACGGCUCAGAUGAGAAGGACUGUGACUGUGGGCUUCGGUCGUUUACCAGACAGGCUCGGGUGGUUGGUGGCACGAAUGCAGAUGAGGGCGAGUGGCCCUGGCAGGUGAGCCUCCAUGCCCUGGGCCAGGGCCACUUGUGCGGUGCCUCCCUCAUCUCUCCCAACUGGCUGGUCUCUGCAGCUCACUGCUUUAUGGAUGAUGUAAAUUUUAAAUACUCAGACCCCACGAUGUGGACGGCCUUCCUGGGUCUGCUGGACCAGAGCAAGCGCAGUGCCUCUGGGGUGCAGGAACACAAGCUCAAACGAAUCAUCACCCACCCCUUCUUCAACGACUUUACCUUUGACUAUGACAUGGCACUGUUGGAGCUGAAGAAACCUGCCGAGUACAGUACCGUGGUGCGGCCCAUCUGCCUGCCUGACACUUCCCAUGUCUUCCCUGCUGGCAAGGCCAUCUGGGUCACAGGCUGGGGCCACACCCAAGAUGGAGGCACCGCAGCAGUGAUCCUGCAGAAGGGUGAGAUUCGUAUCAUCAACCAGACCACCUGUGAGGGCCUGAUGCCACAGCAGAUCACCCCUCGGAUGAUGUGCGUGGGCUUCCUCAGCGGGGGUGUGGACUCCUGCCAGGGUGACUCUGGGGGCCCCUUGUCCAGCGUGGAGGCAGAUGGGCGAAUCUUUCAGGCUGGUGUGGUGAGCUGGGGUGAAGGCUGCGCCCAGAGGAACAAGCCAGGCGUGUAUACGAGGCUCACUGUACUUCGGGACUGGAUCAAAGAGCAGACUGGGGUCUAGAGGCAGGGACUGCCCACCAUGAACACCGCGCGCUGCCCCAACACGCACAUCUGGAGACUGAGGACCGGACCACUAAGUACAUUUCUGCCUUGGCCUUCUCUCCCAGAGCCCAGACUGUGAACUGCAUACCCAGGACUCAGAAUCCUUCCCUCAGCUUUUAAAGUGGGGCCAGGAGGUGGGGGAGAGAACUGUGGUGCCAUUGCCUAGCUGGGGACAAUGAUUUGAUGGCAGCCUCCCUCUCCAGCCCCAAGCUGGGCGAAGAUUCUUUCCUUUGAUUGCAAGGACCUGUAGCUGUCAUAGAGCCCCUGGGACUCUGGUGGGUGGAUGUGGUGAUGCUGCAGGCUCUUAGGGUCACCUCCAGGAAACUCCAUCCCCUGGGACCCUGGAAAACAGGAAUCGAAGACUCUAAUUGUUUUUGCUAGUACCCAGGGUGGGUAUUUGUGUAAAAGUAAAACAUUUUGUUUCUUUUUA